UGGUUGCCGGGAAUUUGAGUAGAUUCGCUUUCACGCGGGCUCCAGGGUUAGCCGUUAGUGUCUCUCCUCAGCUGUCCCCUGCUCCCCCUGACCGUCCUCUCCGCCCGAAGCAAAACUCUAAUGACAGUGCUCAGUAGAGCUUAGCUUCGGAAGGAGAGGUGAUUCGAAUGGUCGGGCUACCGCCACCAGGAGAGGCACUUCGGCCGCCCAGGUGCUGAUCUGAAUCUGAUCCAUACCUUUCUGACCAAAAUUGUUUACCCAAGGUGGAAGGGACUGGGUACCCAAAUGGAGACGCCACCAGUCAAUCCACUGGGAGAGAAGAACAUUUCUCAGCCGCAACAACAAUGGAAAAAGAACUCCCAGAAGAUCCUUGAUUCAACUACUCAGAUUAGGCAGCAGCCCCAAGACCCUUCUACUGAACUUCUUGAGGGGAGAGUGAGUCCAGAUCCAGCCGGCCAAAUUCUAGAAAAUCUUCAAGAAAUUGAAAAGCUGGCCGUUGGACGUGAAGGAGAUUCUGAUAAAUCUCAUGGACCAGCCAGUGAGAUGCCAGAGCCCCUUCAAGCUUCUGAACUCUGGUACUGCCCCGAUGGGAGCUUUGUCAAAAAGAUCCUAAUCCAUGGCCAUGGCUUGGACAAACCCAAGCUGGGCUCCCGCUGCCGGGUACAGGUUUUGGGAUUUCCUUUGGGGUCAGGGCUGCCAGAGGGCUGGACAGAGCUAACUAUGGGGUUAGGCCCAUGGAGGGAGGAAACUUGGGGAGAGCUUGUAGAGAAGUGCUUGGAGUCCAUGUGUCAAGGUGAGGAGGCAGAACUUCAGCUCCCUGGGCGCUCUGGACCUCCUGUCAGGCUCAAACUGGCCUCCUUCACUCAAGGCCGGGACUCCUGGGAGCUAGAGCCCACCGAAAAGGAGGCCCUGGCCAGGGAAGAACGUGCACGGGGCACAGAAUUAUUUAGAGCUGGGAACCCUGAAGGGGCUGCCCGAUGCUAUGGACGGGCUCUUCGGCUGCUGCUGACUUUACCUCCACCUGGCUCUCCAGAACGAACUGUCCUUCAUGCCAAUCUGGCUGCCUGUCAGUUGCUGCUAGGGCAGCCCCAUUUGGCAGCCCAGAGCUGUGACCGGGUGCUGGAGCGGGAGCCUGGCCAUUUAAAGGCCUUGUACCGAAGGGGGGUUGCCCAGGCUGCUCUUGGGAACCUGGACAAAGCAACUGCUGACCUCAAGAAAGUGCUGGCAGUAGACCCCAAAAAUCGGGCAGCCCAGGAGGAGCUGGGAAAGGUGAUCAUUCAGGGGAAGAAACAAGAUGCAGGACUGGCUCAGGGACUGCGCAAGAUGUUUGGCUAAUUAAAAGUUAAACCUUAAAAGAGA